UAUUUUAUGAUUAUUUCGAUAGUUGAAAAAGUCGAUUCCUAAAAUGUAACGAACUUUCCUCAUGCUACUUAGUGAACGCAUUAUUAAUUGAUAUCUCGUAGCUGUGUUCAAUCAGGUAGAAAACUAUCUAAUUUCACUCUAUUAGUAAUCGUUUCUGUUAAUAUUACAUUUUCAAAGGACCGACGAACAAUAUAAUUUGUUGAUAAAAGCGCGAAUUUGGAACAUUCAAUUUUCACAAACACAUUGUGCCCUCUACCGAUAUCAACCAAUAUUGUAACGCGACAUUUGAAAAUAUCCGCGCGAAAUAUCUAUUGGAAUUUAGUUUACAUUUCAAUUAUCUAAAAGCGCACGGACAGACAGCAUCAUUAUGUUAUUCAGUGCCAUGUGAAUUAACCUGUGAUAUAAUUAAUACUAAGUUAAAGAAUGCGGAUGUAUGAGCGAAAAGGAACAGUUGAAGGCGGAAAUAAAACAGCCGAAGACAAUUAGAGUAAGCUUCUAUGUGUAACCGUUGGAAGUGGGAGUUCGUAACGAAGAUAAGAUCUUUGCGAACGGUGCAACUCUUUAAUUGCAGAAGUUAAUUACUGCGUGCCGCACGGUGCAAUAACGAUGACGACUUUAGACUCGCAGUCCGAUAAAACAUUAUGUCACCUCGACAAGGUUCCGAACACGGAAUUUGCGGAAACAUCGUCCGAUUGUGGAUUCCACGAUACGAUCAGUUUAUUGGAGACUCAGGUAGCCGGACAUCCGUCCAAUGACAAACGACGUACGAUCGGUAUGCUACGUAGGCCGGAUGGCCGUGUGCUUAAGCCUGUCGUUAAACCAUUACUUGGUAAAAGGGAGAUCGCAUUCUAUGAGAGCUUAGAGGAAUCCGAAGAUCCUGUAAUGAUGGAGUUGAAGAAUUACGUGCCAAAGUACUACGGCACGACAGAGUUGCAAAUAUUUGGCAAACGAGUAACAUUCCUUACGUUGAAAGAUAUUAUCGAUGGUAUGGCCGAACCAUGCGUGAUGGAUAUAAAGAUAGGUAGACGAACAUGGGAUCCUCUGGCCACACCGCAAAAAAGGGCCACGGAAGAAUUAAAGUAUGCCGAGUCGAAGCGCACUUAUGGAUUUUGCAUAACUGGAUUUCAAGUCUAUUGUCUCCCUUCUGGUCAGCUAAAAAAGUUUGGCAAACACUAUGGCAAAACCCUUGAUGCCAAGGGUGUUGUGGAAGCGCUGAAAUUGUUCCUGAACAUAAGUCCAGAAAGACCGCCUUGCCGUCAAUUGAUCGUGCAGCUUCUCUCUUUCCUGUGGAAGAUCUUACUAUUCUUUCGUACCCAGCGGCUGUUCCGCUUUUAUUCUAGUUCUCUGUUGGUGGCAUAUGACGCGAAAAAAUUGCGAAAUUACUUGCACCCGAAUAGCCUGAACAUCGACAAACCGGCCAAUUCGUUCUCCACCGGGAUCAAUCACGCGACCGUGACGAAUGUGUUCAAAGAUGCGACCGAGGUCAGCCGCGACCCCGGGACGAGCUUCGUUGAAACAGAUAGAAAAGAUAGAAACCAGACGACCGAGAGAGUACACUACAUCAAACGGAGUAUCAGUUUGAGCACCGAGUGCGAGUCUACGGGUAAAGAAAAUCCCAUGAACAGAAGCGUAUCCUGCAGUUCCGAUUUCAGAGCGGACAGGCUCUGUCGGACACACUCCUAUGGGCACAAUUACGAGGACGAUAUCGUCCAGGUGAAGAAGGAUUACGACGCCUUGCUCAGCGAGCUCAGCAUCUCUUCAGAGGAGAAGCUGAACUGGGUCCGGAUCAACAUGAUCGAUUUCACCCAUGUCUUCCCGACCGAGGACCGGAACACGCUCGAUGUAAACUAUCUAGAGGGCAUCGAGAACUUGAUCAAGCUCGUCGAGAUGUUCUUGAUCCCUAAGGACAGCACUGCAUAAUUCUGCUUACUGUAACGUAGAGUCUACGUCGUAGACCGUCGAUGUUACAGAGCCUUCGUUCUUUUAAUUUACUUUCUCUUGGAAUUGCAACAUGACGUGUUACAAAACUGUAUUUUAUAUUUUGUAAUUAAAUUAGAUUGUUUAUCAUUAGAGAGCCAGUUAGAACUGCAAACAGAUGUGAUUCGUGUUAAUGUCCAUCGUUGCCGCGCGAAUGGAAUCGCGAACACGAGGCGGAAGCUCUCGGUUGUACCUUGUUUGAUAGGAUCUAGGUAGAUCCUCGUUAACGUUAUGUCGGACUUCCGCGGACGAUUUUCGGUACCUGAAAUUAACACGACAACGACACACAUACCCGCGUCAACCAAGCGUUAACCGUUUCGUAUCAGAUGCAACGUCUGUGUCACGCUCACGUUCCUUCGAUGUACCUCAUUUGUCGCGGUUUUGCGUACUAUUUUACUUUGACGGCCAGUGUCAUGUAUGCGUGAUCUUCGUUCGCACCUCUUACCAGCGUUCUGUGUCGGCUCGGUGUCACUCCUUCACACGUGUUCACGGAGUACACCCGUCGAUUUUCAUUGUAAAUACUCAUACCACGACAUUGGAAUUAACGAUAGUUUUACUAGUUUCAAAACGUCAAGUAUAUGUAUUCCAGUAGCUUUAUCAGAUAAAGAACAGUGUUUGCAGCGAUUGGCGGCGGUAUGCUAAAGGAUUUCCUGUGAGAAGCGCGGCCGUCAAAGUGCUAACGUCUACACGCCCACCGGUUUUUGAUUUGAGCGAACAUUAACACUAAUUCUACCGAGCGCUAAAAGUGCCUAGUUUAUAUUACUUUGCAAAUGUAAUCAAAACUUGUUUAUUUAGUAUUUUGUUUCGAUGUAUGUCCAUGGAGAACAAUUUAUUUAAUACUUGCCCAUAAAUAAUCUAAAUGAUUAGAAAAUAAGAAAUGUGAGAUUUGUGCCAUUUUGAUCGGUACGGUAGGAUUAAUGUUAAUAAGAGCUACGUGUUUGUUGUCUACCCGACAACUGCUGUAGACGAUUGUACGCACUGUUUCCUAUGUUACGGUCGUGCAAGUAAGGUUUUAUCAUCGCAUAUACCAAACAUAAAAAUUGUUAUGUUAAUAUAAUACAAAAAAUAAAAGCGUUAUGUAAAACGAAA